AUCACCAAAAAUUUUCUCAUUCAUUUACAAGACAUCCUAGGGGAUACUUACUUGUAACAUUUUUAAAUUUAUAAUUAGAAAUGCAUCGUAUAUUUGAUUGUCCAGGUUUUAUUAUUUUAUUAUUAUUCGUAUUUCUUGCCGGAAUUGUUGAAAGUGGAAAGCUAAACUCCCAGAGACCCUGCAGGGAUAGUUCAUCCGAAUGUUUGAGGAGAACUUUACAAGCUAUAUUGCCGAAAUUCAUGAGCGGUGUACCAGAAUAUGGGGUAGAAAAUAUGGAUCCUUUCCAAAUUCAAAAACUUGAUUUUGAUUUCCCUGGCAAUCUUAAAGGUCAACUGAGAGAUGGUUGGGCUAAAGGUUUAAAAAAGUGCAUUGUGAAUUCAAUAAGUUUAACAGAUUUCGUUGUGGAUACUGUGAUUCAUUGUAAUCUCACUAUAAAAGGAAAGUACAAAUCUUCUGGACGGUUGUUAUUGUUCACGAUCAAUGGCAGCGGUGACUCUACUAUUAAGUGCGUGGACAUCAAAAUUCACAAUAUUAUGAAAUUAGGAUUUAGAGAGUUGUCCGACGGUCAACAGUAUUUGACGAUAGAUGAGACAAAAACAGAUCAUAGUUACGAUGGUCGUGUUAUGUAUCAGAUGACGAAUCUCUUCAAUGGCAGCCCUGAAACUAGUAAGCUAGUACUUGACUUCAUGAAUGAAAACUGGCGCAUGGUUGCUCAAGAAUUUGGUGAUCCAAUGGUCGAUUUUGGAGUAUCAACAGUAUUAAGAAAUAUUCAGAAUCUUUUUAAUAACGUAUCAUACGAACGGAUUGUAAUGGGUGAUUUUUAAAGAUAAAAUUUUGAAGUCAUAUGAUAUGUUUGUGAAUAACU